CGAGAGUAGCCACGCAUCCCUCCGUCAAAUUGUUUCACCGGCCCUCCCCUCCCCCAGGACUCGCGAUUAUUAUCGUACGUUAUCGCAAAACGUUUCUUCGGUUCCAAUUCUACCAGUAAAUUUUCCUCGAGCGGCCCAAAUUGACCCGUUCACUCUAUCCAACGAUCACAGAUGGAACUAAGCAUGGACGUAACGUCGAAUAAACGGUUCUUCGAUAACAAUAGCUACGGUGGACUUGAAACAUGUCAGCUGCUCACAUCCAAAUUGUAAAGUGGAGUUUCCCCGCUCUCGCGCUAAUAAUUGGCCUUCUGUGGUACAAGCGUCGCCGAGUGGACAGAGCUGAUCCAGGUGGAAUAAAUAAUCCAGAUUGCAACGGCCAGGAACUCGUCAGUAACGAAAAGGAAGUUACAAAGACCAGCUUGAAUUUCUGCGAUUCGGGGAUACAUAUCGAUGAGUCGUUCUCAGUGAGUUCUUCUUGUCAAUCAACAGAAGAAACCGUUUGUAGCCCCAGAAAGAGGAGCGAGAGCUUGGAUAUUCCUCAGAGGAAGAUCGGCUCGCAGCCUGCUUCCAUGCGAUCAAGAACACCCGAGGACGAGCAAGCAUGGUACAGCUAUCUGGAUUCAUCAUCGCACAAAAUGGAUAUACAAUUGGGCAGCAAUCCUAAAACUAGCAACUUCGACAUGGUCGCCAGGAGCAGAAGCGUGUCCUCUUUGGAGAACGCCGUUGAUUCCACUGGCAAAGUAUUGAAGAUAUUCGAAGAUGUCGCCGAAGAGGAAGAAUCGACUGCUAGCCACGAGAAGAGUACAUCGGUGAUCGCGGAUAAAUGCGAGGAGAACAACGCGAACGAUCAAUGCAAUUACAGCUCAAGCAAACAACCACCAGUUGCUACUCCGUCGAAAGAUAGCGUCAAGACGCAGGCACAAGCAUUAUCCGAACGAGAUUCCGCUAAUCACAGCCCAGUAUCUGGGGUUUUAGAAGGCAGCGUCACGGAUGAAGCCAGGAGCGAAGGGAGCACGGACAGCGGAAAGGGGGGAAGUAUCAAGGGCCACGCAAAGGACAGUACUCUCCCCAUGAUAUACGAAUUUAACAUCCCACAGCACCUGGUUGGGAGAUUGAUCGGUCGUAACGGUAGCUUCUUACAAAACAUUCGCGAAAAAGCUGAAGUCUACAUAAUCGUCAAACGUCAUCACACAUUGAGAGAUCAGAAAAUUUGUGCCAUAGAAGGUUCCACGGAGGAGAUUAACAUCGCUCUGGACAUGAUACGACAAAAGUUUCCAGCGAAGAAGUAUCCGGACGUGACUCUCGAGCAAAUUUUACCGUUAAAAGUAUUAAACGAGAACGCGUGGGUCGCAGAGUUAAUACAAUUAUCCUUGGUGGAGGGACUAACAAACGAUGUUGUCAUAUGUCACAUAGUAAAACCAAAUCGCUUCUUCGUACAGCUUCCCACUCACCCCACAUACCCAUCCUUGCGACUUUUAGAUGAAAAUAUGACACUAUUAUAUAAUACGACAGAAUCACCGCCAAUUCCAGAUGAACUUAGUAAGGGUAUGAUGUUCGUUGCAAAAUGGUACAAUAGGUGGGUUAGGGUAUACGUAGAGCAACCAGACCCUCUCGGCGAACGACACUUGGUGCGACUCGUCGAUCAUGGUGGCUAUUGGUUUUUCAGUAGCGCAGAGAUGAAGAAGAUUAGGUCAGAUUAUCUUGGAUUGCCGUUGCAAGCAAUCGAAGUAUUCCUCGCAAACAUACAACCGAAAAAUGGUGAGUGGACUCAAGAGGCUUACGAUGUAGUUGCUCAUAUGUGUUCCGGUAUUGUCGGCCAAGCUCAAAUUGAAGGCUACAUAGAUACAUGCAUAUAUGUAAAUCUUUAUCUGAACAUUCAGAAACACGGAGUCAUAUCCCUCGCCGAUGAAUUAAUAGCUCGUGGUUUCGCGGAGCCUGUACCAUUAGAAAGCAUAGUUCCGGAAGAAGAGGUAACGUUUACUUAAGGUACGAAGUAAAAGUUUAGUGUUUAAUAAUUGAGUUGUAUAAAACUGUGCGGUGAUAAUACGUGAUCGUGUAAUUUUAUAGUCACUAUAGGCAUGUAUUGGAAGUGAUUUUUCAUACUCGAGAGUUUCGUAUUCCAUGAUUUUGCUCUUCGAAGAAAAUAUUUCGGAUAAAAUAUUCCUAUUAACCGAGAAUCGUUAAAACAGUAAUUUCUUCACUCUAUUUCAUAUAUUUAUUAAACUUGGAUGAAUCUACAUGACACAUUACAUAUUCUUGCUAGUUGAUUCGGUACCAUUGGACACCGAGGGGUGAACGAGAGCACUAUUUAACAGACAAUUAUAAAUAUUCCUCUUCACGUAUGAUUUAUGACAAGUACAAAUGAUAAUUAUGUUUAGAGUGUGGUAAUUUUAUAUCCAUGGUUAAUGGAACUUUCUUUUUAACACUAUUCUCGCGUUAGCGAUAAAUUCAGAUCGAACGUUACGGACCACUAUAGUGGAGUGUCUGAGUGAACAGAAAAUUUUCAUUUUUUUUUUUUUUUGUACUUAUACCAUCGAAAUGUACGAUAAAUCUGUUGACCGCCACAUUCUAACGACAAAAAUCGAUUAAGAAGAGGUUAGAAAUAUUUCAAAAGAAAAAAAAAAUGGAGGACAUGUGUACAUUUAAUAUAAUAUUCAAACGAUUUAUAACGUAGGAACAGGUUUUUUACGGUAUGAUGGUGCACCAUAAGUCCUUAACGCGUAGUAAAAAUAUCGAGAAAGCUUUUCUUGAAUUGCAAAAAUUAGUCCCUCGAUACUUUUAUUUGCGAAACUGCCGUUCUUUCGUGUUGUACGGAACAUACGUAGGACAAGUCCUGCAGAUGACACUGAGGCGGCUUCACUAACCAAUGAAAAACCGAAAAUCAGUUGUACGUUAAGCUGAAAAUGAUACAAAAAAAAAAAAAAUUAUGAACUGCAAUCUUUGAGACUGUUAUUGGUAAAAUGCAAUUGUCCGUUGCGUUUGCAUAUUUAGUUCUCCAUAGACAGAAUUAUCAUCAUACUUUUGUAUAUAGUGUAACAUUACUUCGCCCAUUUAUAAAAUAUUUAUAAUAUACCUUAAUAAUAAUGAAAAAAAAAAAAUAUGAAAACUGUAAGACGCUAGCUAGCUCUACACGGUGAUAAAUAUGACAAGAUAAAGAUAGUAGAUUUAUAUAUUUUACAUGCCCCAAAAACUCACGAAGAAGAAAAGUGAUUGCAAUAUUAGCAAUUCCAGACGAAUCGGGUAAUUCGCUUCUACGUGAUCGUAAUAACAUAUUACAGGUCAUACUUGUUCAUUAACGCGAACCUUUUAGUGUAUUAAGCUAUACGAGAGAUACUUAUUUUGUCUAAAUCAUAUCUGAAUAUUCUUUCGAUUCUUCAAUUUUUCUUUCUUUUCCCCCUUUUUUUUAACGUUGUUUUCGAUAUAAAAAUCAUGAAGACGGUUGCAUCCUACAUAUUGGGAUAACUAUUGUCUCAAAAUUGUUCAAAAUUCUAUUAUCGAUAUUAUCCAUACACUUAACUUUAGAGGCUUAUCGUAUAUAAAUAUAUAUAUGUGAUUGAUUUAACUGUAAGUUAAUUUCAACACUGAUAAAAUGUAUUUUAUAUAACUUUUUUCUUGUGUAACGAUAAUAUUAAUAAUUUCUUCCUGUAACUUGCUUCCGGAUACGCGGCGAGCAAACGACUUACGUUUCCGCUUUCCAAAUUUCGGUCGAAGGUUUCAUAGAGAAAAUAAUAUCGCAUUUUAAUUGAUAUACUGCCAACAAGUUAAUUACGAAAAAGUCUGGUAGUUUUUCGAUUAACGAUAUAGAGCAUUAUAUGAUUUACACUUAAUUGUAUACUGUCUAGCGAAUUAUUCAUUUAUUCUAUGUAACUCUAAACUAUACCAAACAGUUGUAACAAUUAUUUAUACGGAUUAUCGUGAGUUUGACGAAAAAUCGAAAAUAAAUAUAUCAUUUAUAAUUUCCUAAAAUAUACCCGGAUGAAGAACAUCUCGAAAUUGUUACAUGUUAAUAUUUACUGUUGUUGGUACAUUAAACACGAUAUACAUACUUUUUCUAGAGAUAUAAAUAAGAUUACAGUCAUUAAGCCGCUCAUAUAGCGUGUAUGCUUUGAUUAUAUCACCGUCGCAAAAUGAAAACUUUUCGAUUCGUUAAAAUGUUUUACAUUGAUCAGUACAACACGUUCCAUUGAUAUGUAUCAUAAUGAAAUUGUUACACGAGUUAUUUUGUUUUAACAUUGAAUACAUGUUUCUAAAACUCCAUAAAUAGGAGUAGAGUUGAUAAUUUCGUUACGUCGAUUUCUUAAAAUGUAAGGAGGCACCUCCACGUUGCAUACAUUUAUAUACAAUACGGCAGAUCGCAGUAUUCGGCUCUAUUCGUAUUUCUUACGAUUUCAUUCUCAUCGUUAACUAAAUUAAGUUCAUUCUGUAUAUACCUCAAUGUAAUCUUCGGCGUUUUCAUUAAAUUUGCAUCAUUUUAAUUCCUCACCUUAUACUACAAUAUAUCAAAAUAAUGCGUAAGGCUAAUUUUAUAUAUUCUGAAAUGUAUGUGCAUAUAUAUAUAUAAUUCAGUGGCG